UUUUUUGGCCGAGUUUGUUACAUGUAGGCCACAGAAUUCUGUGAUGUAGGCCUACAUCAUGUAUGUGUGUGUGUACAAUCUUUGGAUCGGUUCCGGGAUCGAUUCUUCACCCAGCUCUGACAAGUACAAGUUGGUACAAAAGUAUAGGCUAGGCUUGAUUCUAGAACUACCUAGGAACUAGGAAAGGCCUACUCUACAACCCUCGCCCUAGCCUAGGCACUGGGCAUAUUAAUACUACACCUGUGACCAGGACCAGACUGAGGAAGUCAUAAAGGACUUGACAAAAGCAAGAGAUUGUUGGAUGUAACACCGGGGCUUGGAAAGAGACGCGGGAUCAAAGUUCUAAUCUAGAUCUAUUCUAGAUCUAGAAUCUAGGUAGAGUAACCAGCCAGGGAGCUGUGGCAAUGAGUGUGUUUGAUCAAGGAUCCCCUGCAGCUUUGUUUGCAGCAGUUGCUGCUGGUGCAGCGAUGAAGUAUGCUGCUGGCAUCAUGUUUCCAAAGCAAAAGAAAGAGGAGUAUCGAUAUGUUGGGAAAGUUGGAGCCAUUUGGGUGUAUCCCUUCAAGUCUUUUAAAGGUCUGAGUGUCCAAAGUGCAGAUUGCACUGCUUUAGGAAUGCAGUGGCGGAGUUUUACUGACAGGCAUUGGACAGUUUCUACUGCUGAUGGUGUUUAUCUUACACAAAGACAAGUUCCGACUAUGGCCCUAAUUGAGCCUGUGCUGAACGGAGACAGAAUUAUGUUGAUGGCACCGGGCAUGGAUCCCAUUUCUUUCCCUGCUGAUCCUCCAGUGACUGAUAGCAAUAUCAGCAAAGUCACUAUCAAAACUGAUACAGUCAGAUCAGUGGACAUGGGGGAUGCAGUUGCUGACUGGCUAUGUCGCUACUUCAGCAAAACUGGUCUUCGGCUUCAUUACUCAGCUCCAAACCUGGAAAAGCGGGAUGCAUCUAAAGCUAAAAAAAUGUGGCAACAUCCCGCACAACCUGGCGAUAUGUGUGCAUUUUCAGAUUACUGUGGAUACAUGGUUUUGUCCAAUGCAUCUCUCGCAGACCUCAAUACACGACUUGAGACAGCUGUACCAAUCACAAAUUUCAGAGCCAACAUAAUUGUUGAUGAUUGUGGUGCUUAUGAGGAGGACUCCUGGAGCUCUAUCCGUAUUGGAAAUGCCCAGUUGAGGGCUCUGGAUGCCUGCACCAGAUGUGUUUUGGUUACUGUCGACCAAAGUAAAGGAGUCAAGGACAAGAAAGAGGAACCCCUGAAAACUCUGAAAAAGUUCCGCCUCAAGCAUCCAUACGGAGAGAAGCCUUGCUUUGGUGUGAAUUAUACACUGGACAAGUGUGGACAAGUGAAAGUGGGAGACCCCAUCUAUGCAACACUUUCCUAACCAAUUGGUAUCCUAUCGUGGAUAGUGUUGGUGUAUAUUCUGGAAGUGGACGCACUGUCAUUUUCUUGUAUCAUAUAUAUAUAUUAUAUUCACAAUUGAAACUUUGAUAAAUUGCUCUUGAUAGUUGAAGCAAAAUGAAACAUUCCAUGACCGUGGAGCUUGGUGGUUGUGUUCUUUGGCUGUUUGGAGGCUUUAGGAUUUAAAAAGAAAAUUGAGCUCCCUUGCCUCUUUAAAAAGGGUGUGUAUUGUACAUAAUUUACAUGUAAACUUUGUAACGUGUUGACGUGCAAAAAUAGUUCAGGUAACUGGCUAUCAUCAUCACCGCAAUGCACUGUUUUGUUUACAUUCUCAUGGGAAGAGUAUCUCUGAUUGCGUUAGUCAAAAUUCCAAAAUCACGACAUUUUCACCCUAAGUUUUAAAUCUAUUUGUUUGAAACAGAUUGAAAUCAGGAUAAUUGAGUAAAAUCCCAGCUCCCCAUCCCUUCUUUUUAAAAAAGUGUUUUUCCUUGGCAUAACAUUGUUGUAGGCCUUAAUUGAUUUGCGAGAAUAUUAGAUCAAGACUAGAACUGGGUCAGUGUUAAGACCCCUUUAAAAAAAUCAAAAUAGAGUGCUAGUCCACUACUUGAUUUGUCUUUUUUUGUCAUUUGUGGCAUACAGAUAAACAGGUUGGAUGCAUUUCUACUGUAGUAUUUAUCAUACAGAAAGAGGUAGAAGAAAACAAUAUGUGUCACGACACGGUGAAGUCAGGCGCUCAUCAAUUUUAGGGCAUAUUAAGUUAUUGGCAUCUUCUUAACCCAUUGCACACAAGCUACGAGUAUAUUCCUACCUGCCACGCACUUCCGUCCACCGAGCUACGACUAUUACAAUAAUCGUAGCAAAAUACCAGUCGAGAAAAUGGAGUUCGAACCACUUAUCCAGGUUUCUAUUGAAAACAAUAGGUCGCUUGUAGCUUGUAAAAAUUUUGCUAGCUUGUUUCGAUCCAGUUUUUCACCAAGUACGAGUAAGUUUUGUUGUUUUGCCACCGCAAAUCAUGGCAAAAAAGCGAGCACUAAAAUCUUCAUGGACAAGAAGAACAAAAAAAAAAA